GAGCCGGGGCCGGAUCGCGUCGGCGGCGGCUCCGGCGGAGCCCCCGAAGUUUUCGCUGCCCGGGGAGGGCGGCCCUCGUCCCGCCGCUUCCGGGCGGAGCGGGCCGGCGGGUGCCCGGGGGAACGGGGCUGGCGGGAGCCGGCAGGCCCGGCCGCGAUGAAGAAGCCGGACGGGAAGGUGGUGCUGCUGGGGGACAUGAACGUGGGCAAGACCUCCCUGCUGCACCGCUACAUGGAGAAGCGCUUCCAGGAGACGGUCAGCACCGUCGGCGGUGCCUUCUACUUGAAGCAGUGGGGACCGUACAACAUCUCCAUCUGGGACACGGCAGGACGGGAGCAGUUUCAUGGCCUGGGGUCGAUGUACUGCAGAGGAGCAGCGGCUGUGAUCCUCACGUAUGAUGUGAACAGCCUCCAAAGCCUGACGGAGCUGGAAGAAAGAUUCUUGGCGCUGACGGACAGCGCGAGCGCCGACUGCAUUUUUGCUAUUGUCGGAAAUAAAGUUGACCUCACCGAUGACUGUGCUUUGCCACCGGAUGAAAAUAGACCCGAGAAGCCUGUUGCCAGCUGUGGCUCGAAGGUGCGAAAACAAGUCCGUGCAGAGGAUGCGAUCGCGCUCUAUAAAAAGAUCCUGAAAUACAAAAUGCUAGAUGAGAAGGAUGUUCCGGCAGCUGAGAAAAUGUGCUUUGAGACCAGUGCAAAAACGGGAUACAAGGUGGACUACCUCUUUGAAACUGUGUUUGACAUGGUAGUGCCAAUAAUCAUACGGCAGAAAGCUGAGGGGCCACCGCAAACUGUGGACAUUACUGACUACAAGCCAGCAAAAAGGACAAAAUCUGGUUGUUGUGCCUGAAUCAUUUACAUAACAUAAAAAACUGAGGAAUAAGAGGUGCUCGCUGUUAAUGAAAAAGGAAAAGUCAAAGAAUAAAUAGAUUAAAUGGUGUAUUUGGGGAAAAAAACAAAUCUGAAUGUUAAAGGUUUCUGGAAAACUGUGUAUGAAAAUGGGAAUGUGAGCGAAAUGAUGGAGUUAGACUUGCCAGUUUCUGAGGGCUCUGAAGACAAAUGGUGUGUUAGUACAAUUGGUAGUGACAAUCAUUUGGAUGGCGUUGAAGGAGUCUGAUUUUUUUAAUGACUCGCUAUUUCAUGUUGCAUGUAAAUGACCUAUUUGUGUACUCUCGACAGCUUUCACAUUAUCAUCUUUCCCCUUGUGAUUCUAACUUUGGAAGACUAAACACAUGGUACUUUUUUAUUAUUAAAGAAAAUCAGGUAUAAUUUAUAUUUGUAGCUAAUAAAUCAAUUAUAAUCUUUUUAUGUCAGAUAAGACAGUGUAAGAUUCAGAAGCUGUACUAUUAAAAUUGCUGUGGAUAUGUACUAUUAA